GUUCAUAUUGAAGGAAAAAAAAAGUUCAGUUUACAUUUCGACUCUGAAAGGGCCGUCAAGACAAGUGUUGUGUUCACUUAUUCGUUUUAAUUUGCUCUGUUUUUAAUAGAUAAAUAUUUGAUUUUGUUGUCGUCCUGAGAAAGAAACAGUGACAUGAAUUCACUGGCUGUCUUCAUCUUUGCUGUCCUUCUCUCUAACGGUGUGGACUGCAUCAGCCUAACAGAUGAAGACUAUAGGAUGGCAGACAAACUCUUCACAUUUGGUGCUGAAGCAUCUUUGAAAUACUUGGACAAUUUAAAAACGGCUGCAGAGUUUGUUGUGAAAGAAAAGCAGAUUAAGAAAACAGGAAAUGAUAUGCACGACUUGUGGAUUUCGCUGAAGGAGAUGAUUGAGAAGGUCAAUGCUGAGGAAAAAGCUAAAGGACAUGAUGAUUUCAUAGUGGCGCUCAGAGUUUAUAAGACACUGUGUAAACUCCUUUUUGAAGGUCUGCACCAGAUGGGUAAAGCACAUACUGGAGACAGAACUUUUACACAAUAUGGUUUUUUUAAAGGGAUCUUCAAUAAAAAGACAACAGAGGAGCUUUGGAAGUAUGUGGAGUUCCACUUCCUUCCUGGAGCUCCGCCAGUCUACAGCAAUCCAAUGGGUUUCUUCAGUCACAUUGUUUCCAAGAUACUGGCUCGACCCCGAGUGAUUGAAAUUAUAAAAGUUGCCGGGAAUAUUGUGAAUGACAUCAACGAACAUCUCCAGAGAUUUGAGAGGGCAUACGAGCAGUUUAUUAUAAAGGUCGGGGACAUUAUCACUCAAGAGAAGGAGAAAGAAAAUGAUGAGUUUCUAAUAACACUGAGAACACUGUCGCGACUGUUUGUGGAUUGCUGGGAUAAUGUUUUAGAAUACACUGAAAGUCAGGAGUUUCACAACAAGUACACACAUUCCUUAGAAAGAUGGAAUGAGCUAAGAGCUCUGAAAGACAAUGGAAAACGUCACAAGCUUUUUGACAGUGAGACUGGACGAAAUGUCUGGACUUGGGCAGAUCAGCAGGGUUUUAGUCUUGUUUAUGACAAAACUGCCCUUGAAUAUCAAGAAUGGGGUAAUGAGAUUUUUGGAAACAACAGAUUCAGCCAAUCCAACCGGGCUCUCAAAAAGGUGUCAACAAUAUACGGCAAUGCGCUGCAUGAGAGAAUGUCUCAGUAUGGCCUUGGGAUGUCUGAAGUGAAUGAUUUUCUAAUUGACGUCGAUGAGGCACUCACUGAAUUAUUAGGUGAACACAUUGUAAACAAUUUGAGGAGGCUGGGUUCUGAAUUAUGGAAUUAUUUUAAUAGUGAAAUUUUGCAAGUCUCCAAAAACAAAAAAAGCCAGCUGACAUCAGAUGAGGAUCCACUGCAACAAUUGCGUAAAAUUAAAGAAGCGUGCUUUGACGUCUGGGACAGAGUUCUCUUUGAGAUCAACAAACAUGUUAACGAUGAUGGACUUGAACAGUCAGUCAGGGAUUUUCAAGAAGUGAUGAGAGUUUUCAUUCAAGAAUUAGCAGGCAGUGGACAAUUAACAGAAAGAAAGCUCGUUGAAGCAGAAGAGACCCUUCUCAGUUUCAAGCAACUCAUCUUCGACAAAUAUGUAAAUAGGGUUGAUGGUUUGGAGCGAAUGAUCAAUGAUUCGGCAAUAACUCUUGCCAAAGUGAUGCUAAAGACUUUUUCUGCUACAAAUACUCUCCUGGUUAAUUAUCUGGCAUUUCUAAUGUCUGAUUGAUUUUCCAAUGUAAUUACAAAUUGCUCAAGUCAUAACUGGAAGGAUAAUAAGGACAACUCUUGCUUAUCCUUAAUAAAAGAAUACAUGAAAGCA